AUGGCAUCUCUUACAAGCGGGGAGUAUCCCCCCACUCUCAAAGCUGAAGAAAAGGACGCCCUCAUCGAGACCGUCAAGGACUGGUCGAUAGGCAAUGGCCUCGCAGUCAGGCCUCCCCCAACCGUGAUAGCCGCCGAGGCAGAUCCCAAGGGUAUCGCUGCUACUAAUGUGCCUGUCACGCUCUUCCCUAGUCCGUUUCCCAGCCAGUGCUUCUCCCAGGGCAAGGCGGUUCAAAAGACGUACAACGAGCUGUAUGCCUCAGUGAGCAGGGAUGAAGAGUUUCUGGCCCAGGUAGUAAAGGAGGUUGCAGACGGCGAUGAAUUUAUUCGAAACUUAUGGGAUGUCCACACCAAGGUCAAGGCCGAGGGAUAUACACAGGCAAGAAUUUAUACAUUGGGUUUAUUCCGAUCAGACUACAUGGUUCACCAGGAUACUCACACCUCCCCCCCUUCUCUGCAAGUUAAGCAGGUUGAGUUCAACACCAUCGCCUCUUCUUUUGGUGGUCUCUCAACAUACACUUCCGCCCUCCACAAGUAUCUUGCUACAACGGAAUACCCAAUCUUGGAAAAUUCCAUCACUCAAGGAUCGCUAGAUCUACCAGAAAACACCAGCACUCGGGGCUUGGCAGCAGGUAUUGAGGCAGCUUACAAUGUAUCUCCUCAGUCCGAACUCGGACACCAAAAAUGUGUCAUCUUCCUGGUUCAGGAUGGCGAGAGGAACAUUUUCGACCAGCGCCACCUUGAGUAUCAAAUCAUCAAGUCUUCUCCAUCCAUCCCCGUCUUCAGACUUCCAUACUCUCAAAUCCUGAAGCACACAAAAAUCGCAGAAACUUCCAAGCGACAGCUUCUGUACCAUCUUCCACGAAACCCCACCAAGGUUUACGAGGUUGCUGUUAUUUACAUGCGAUCUGGAUACGGACCCUCUGACUACCCUGAUCAGCAAGCCUGGGAUGCCCGAUACCACUUGGAGAGAUCAAACGCAAUCAAGUGUCCCACUGUUCUUACUCAACUGGCCGGAACAAAGAAGGUUCAGCAAAUCCUGGCGACACCGCGGCCGUCAUCCUCGCCUUCGGCCCUCAGCAGAUUUAUUCGCGAUGACACCGAUGAUGCCGCUGAACUAUGGCGCACAUUCACCAACAUUUACCCCAUGGACACAAGUGAUGCGGGUCUCGAGGCUCGAAAGAAGGCUCUUGACCCUAAGGCUUGUCAAGACUAUGUGCUAAAGCCUCAGCGAGAAGGUGGCGGAAACAACAUCUACAGGGGAGCCAUCCCCGGUUUCCUCAAAUCUGUCCCUGAGUCCCACUGGGGAUCUUAUAUCCUCAUGGAGCUCAUCACCCCUCCCCCAGUUAACAACAUCAUACUCCGCAACGGCAAUCUCGAACAAGGAGGCGUCAUUUGUGAACUGGGAAUAUAUGGUACUUGUGUAUGGGAUCAAAUCACAGGAAAGGUUCAUCACAACGAAGAGGCCGGAUAUCUCUUGCGCACAAAGGGUGACAAGAGUGAAGAGGGCGGUGUUGCUGCUGGCUUCGGGUGUAUGGAUAGCUGCACUCUAGUAUAG